AUGGCGAACCCAUCCAAUAGCACAGAGCAAUUGCCCGUCGAGCAGCAGAGUACAAAUGGCAAGAAGAACAAGGCCAAUGCUACAAAGAAGAGAGCUGGUGCAAAUGCAGCGAAUGGAGCCGCUAAAGCUGCCAAAGCUGUGAUAUCCAAACAAACUUUCUCGCAGAAGCUGGGGAGUGACCUUGCAGAUGGAUUGCUCAAAGACUCGAGAUCGCUCGAAGAAUCCAUGAAUCUCGUCGACAGGGUGACCUUUGUCAAAGCAUCAACAGCCCAGAAUGGAACCUCGACCACCACAAUCGUCACAGCUACCGCGAUCCAGGAACAAGCAGAGAUUGUCAUCUCAGGCGAGAUCGACGCAUUGAACCUCGAUGCUGUUGACAUUGUUCGUCCAAAGAAUCCGAGAAAUAUCUUCGAUCUGGAUGACUUUGCAGCACUCUCGGCACUCGAAGAGCUGAUCGGACGGUACGGCCGGGUCUCUCACAUGGGCAUUCUCGAUAAAUCAUAUACCUUCUUCAUCACCGAGGAUCGGAAAGCAGCGCUGUAUUACAAGGUCAAAGACAAGAUCGCCAUUGUGGGCGGAGAUCCGCUCUGCGACCCUAGUCUGUUUCCCCAGGUCCUGUGCGAGUUCGAGAAGUACAGGAAGAAGCAAGGGCUAGGAAUUGCCUUCCUAGCCGCUGGACAGACAUUCGUCGCGUAUGCGAGAAAGGAGAACUGGACGACGAUGUGUUUUGCAACCGAACGAGUCCUCAACCCCAUAACGAAUCCCGUCUUGCAAGGAACUGCUGGAAAGUCCAUCGUAAGGACAACAAAGAAUCUCUUGGAUCCGAAGAAAGAGGGGAUCACGCUCGAAGUCUACACACCCCGGCUUGGCAAGAAUCCGCGCUUGCAACAACAACUCGUCAAUGUUUAUGAAGAAUGGCGAGGACACCGAAACGGAUUAAAGGAUCGAAAUCAAGCAUACAUUACCGUUUAUGAUCCGUUUGCCUUGCCCGAGCUGAUGACUUAUAUCUACACCCAAGACCGGAGUGGCAUGCCGAACGGAUUUGCAGCUCUCCGAAUUCUUGGUGCGAACAAAGGGUACCACCUCGAUCCGUGUAUCGCAACCCCUGGAGCACCAAAAGGGAUUACGGACCUCCUUUUAUACGGGGCAAUGGCUCUUUUGAAUACGGCGAAGAUCUCGUAUCUCAGUCUAGGAUAUGAGCCUCUCGAUGAUCUUGGUGAGAUAACAGGUAUCCCGAAUGUGGUUGCCAAGAUGUCAAGGAAAGUUCACAAGCGUAUAUUCCGAGGACUGCAUGUAGCUGGCAAGAAAGGCUACCAUGAUAAGUUCCGACCGGAUGAGACUCAGCAGUCGAAUCUCUACCUGGUCUUCCCUCCUGGCAUACCGAGUUUGCGACACAUGACAGCGAUUGUUCAUGUAGCGAAUAUCAAGAUCCACAAGGUUAUUUUUGAGAGACCGCCGGCGGCUGCAGUGGAGAACGAGAAGGAGGCGGAAGGGAAUGAAUCAGUGAGCGAUCAAGGAGGUUCAGCACAGAGUUCAGCGGUAACAUCGACAGAGCGAUUGUAA